CGUUAGUAUCAAACGGUCACACUGAUCUUUAAUAAAAGUCAGACGCUAACGCUACGGAAACUUUUUGUCAUUUGUUUUAUUUUAACAUGUUGAGAAAGUGUUUAUAUUCAAGUGUAUUGCGAACUUCAGUCGAACGCCAGUAAAAUCACAUAUUUUGUGCUGAAUAUACAAUAAACGUUAGCAAACAAUUGUGAUGCGAAAGACCCGCUCGCAAACUCAGGCGGAAAAUGCCGCUUCUACCACAUCGCAGCAAUCAACGCCAACUGCAGUAAACACAUUUGAUGCGGCUAAAUUCAAGGAAUGUGAGCAAAUGGUGCAGAUGCUACGCGUUGUAGAGCUGCAAAAGAUUUUAUCGUUUCUAAACAUUUCCUUCGCUGGACGAAAAACCGAUCUGCAAGGUCGUAUCCUAUCGUUCCUGCGCACUAACUUGGAGCUGCUCGCACCCAAGGUACAAGAAGUCUACGCUCAAUCCGUGCAAGAACAAACACCCACGCUGCAGUACAUAGAUCCAACCAGAAUGUACUCGCACAUGCAGCUGCCGGCUGUGCAGCCAAAUAAUGCGAGUCUCGUUGGUGGUGCACCGACACAGGUGCCGCAGGUGGGCACCGGUAAUCCAGCCCAGAUGCCAGUCGGCGCUGGCGGUGCACCCGCCAACAUGCUACCCUUCCUUCACACGCACGGUAUGAACAGCCAGAUGCCCAUACACCCAGAUGUGCGUCUGAAAAAGCUGGCAUUCUAUGAUGUCCUCGGCACACUAAUCAAGCCCUCAACCCUGGUGCCGCGCAAUACACAGCGUGUGCAAGAGGUGCCUUUCUAUUUCACACUGACGCCCCAGCAGGCCACAGAGAUAGCCACAAAUCGAGAUGUCCGCAAUAGUUCAAAAGUGGAGCACGCCAUACAGGUGCAGCUGCGCUUCUGUCUCGUGGAGACCUCUUGCGACCAGGAGGAUUGUUUUCCACCAAACGUCAAUGUCAAAGUGAACAACAAAUUAUGUCAGCUGCCUAAUGUCAUUCCUACAAAUCGCCCAAACGUGGAACCAAAACGUCCACCACGGCCAGUGAAUGUGACCUCAAAUGUGAAAUUGUCGCCGACAGUAACAAAUACAAUAAUGGUACAGUGGUGCCCAGACUACACGCGUAGCUACUGUUUGGCUGUCUAUUUGGUAAAGAAGCUGACAUCUGCACAGCUCUUACAUCGUAUGAAGACAAAGGGCGUGAAGCCUGCCGAUUACACGCGUGCUCUGAUUAAGGAGAAGCUUACAGAGGAUGCGGACUGCGAGAUAGCCACAACCAUGCUGAAGGUAUCGCUUAACUGCCCGCUGGGUAAAAUGAAAAUGUCGCUGCCGUGUCGCGCAUCAACCUGUUCGCACUUGCAGUGCUUUGACGCCAGCCUCUACCUGCAAAUGAACGAAAGAAAGCCCACCUGGAAUUGUCCUGUGUGCGAUAGACCAGCCAUCUAUGAUAAUUUAGUAAUUGAUGGCUAUUUCCAAGAGGUAUUAGGAUCCUCGUUGCUAAAGAGCGAUGAUACCGAGAUUCAGUUGCAUCAGGAUGGCUCGUGGAGUACACCAGGCUUACGUAGCGAGACUCAAAUACUAGAUACGCCAUCAAAGCCAGUUUCUAAAGUGGAGGUCAUAUCGGAUGAUGUUGAACUGAUUGACGACACCAAGCCGAUGAAGUCUGAUUUGUCUCCAAUGCCCGAGGAGCAGCCCACGUCCACGUCAAAUAGUGAAACCGUGGAUCUAACCUUAAGUGAUUCGGAUGAUGAUAUGCCGCUGGCCAAGCGGCGACCCCCAGCUAAACAAGCGAUUGCCACGUCCACAUCGAACGGAACGGGCGCAGUUCAACGUGCCUACGCCUCGUCGCAGCAGCCACAAAAAACUGAUUCCCCCGAGCAGCAAGCAAUGCCAUCGCCUGAAACGCUACAGCAACAACAACAACAGCAACUGCUAGUUGGGGACCAACCGGCAGCUGCAAUGCAUGCGAGUCUAUUGGAGUCUCUCGCCGCAGCAGUUGCGGAUCAAAAGCAUUUUCAACUCUUGGAUCUGGCUGCAGUAGCAGCCGCUGCUGCUGCCACAGCGUCUGCCUCAGCGCAGAAUCCAAACGGAGCUCCAUAGACACCCACAAUAAUACAUAGACAGGCACACAGACACACACACUCACAAGAAUUGUAAACAAUUUCACACACACACACGCCAACACAAAUUUUAUGGUUUUGCUUUUGUUUUGUUUUCGUUGGGUUUGCUUUUAGUUUGUUUCCCUCUUUCUCUUAAUUUGCUCGCAUUUAAUCAUAACGAGACACACAUAAUCAGUUAUAUAUAUAAAUAUAUACAUAUAUACAUAUCUCACUAUUCAGAGGCUAUUUACUAAAAUUUUUCAUGGCUCUUCAUGUACAUUUUCAUGACAUCAAUUCAAAACCAAGUAAUAUUCUAUUUAAUGAAUUUCCUAGCUCGACGAAAUUCGAAAUUUAAUUAGACGCCAAAUUGUUGAGAAAUUUACAAUCAAAUUAUUCUAAUUGUAUCUAUCUUUUAAUGUAAACAGGCUCAGAAUGUUUCCCUGUUUGUUCUUUAGCGUUUGUUUUAUCAUAAUCUUAUAGGCUGAUUCAAAUAAAUAAUUGCAACCAAAAACUUUUUGUGUGUUGCAGGGCGCAGUUAGACGUAGCUAUUGCUGUUGCAGUUGGUCUGUUGUUUGCCACACCCUCCCUCCCCAACACCUUACCCAUUUUCACACAUGCUGCUGAUGCUACACAGUUGUUGCUCUUCGUUCCUACUCCAUUCUUAUACUUCAUUUUAUUCUAUCUGUAAUUCUGUUAUUUAAAUAUUGAACUACGCUCCUUCGUAUUCAAUUUGAAUCAGGCCUCUACACUUAAUAUAAAUUUAGUUAAUUCUUUUAGUUUAUUUUUAUUUAUCAUUUAAUUUAUCUGUGUUGUGCUUGCCUCGAUUAUUACACACGCCCAAACAUACACACACAUACAACAAAUGAUUAAUUAUAUAAUUUAUUGGGUUGUUCGUAAUAUAUAUAUUAGUUAAACACACACACACAUGAAACUUAUAAACAAAAGAUCGAAACAAAUAGACCUAUGCAUUAAACAAUAGCGUAAUACUAAACAUAAAUCAAAUGUUAAUAUUUAAGUCUUUUUACACAAUAAUUCCUAAUUCAUAUAUAGAUAUAUAAUGCAAAAUAAAUUGGCAAGAGAAUCGCAUCGAUUUUAAGUUAUAUUUCGUUCAUCUUUGAAACUAAGUAAGUUAUGUUUAUUUUGAGUUUGUUUUUUUUUUUAAAUUCACAUUCGUUUAUCUUUAAAAUUACGUAUUUGUAUGUAUUUAUGUCAUCUCUUUUUUAUUUUUGCAAAUGAUUCAAGAAAAAGAAGUAAUUCAAGCAACAACUGGCAAAAGAAGAAUAUUAAUUCCACUCAAUAAUAAAUAAAGCUAAAUCUAUCGAAGAAUUAAA